CAGAAAUAAUAUAUAAAUAGGAUAAGAAAUAAAUAAAAAGUGGAUAAAUAAAAUGAAAAAGAAACUCUCCGGCGGGGAAUCGAACCCCGGUCUCCCGCGUGACAGGCGGGGAUACUUACCACUAUACUACCGAAGAUGUGGUAACCUUUUUGAAAUUAAGCAUUAGCUCUUUCUAUGUACAUAUAGUAAAAAAAUUAUCGUAAUUUUUUUUCAUAGAUAGGUAUUUAAAAUGUAUAUAUUUAAAUCAAUAUUAUUUCGAAUAAAUAACAAGUUUCAAUAUUUGACAGAGAAACCAAUGAGGCAAUGAAGUGCACCAUAAUUUUGUCGGAAAACAAUGCAACUUGUUGUGAGACCGGUUUCGAAACGUCACCCUAUCUGUCAAAUCAAACAGAAAUGACGCCGACUCCGUGUCGAGUCCAAGUUUUAAGUUUUAUGCAGUCAUAGCAAGAAAUAUGAGUGAAAAAUUAAAGGAAUUACGCGAGCGCUCUCAAAAGAGAAAGAAACUUUUAGCACAAACUCUUGGUGUUUCGAGUGUGAGUGAGCUGCGACAGGCUCUAGGGACAUCUAGCGAUGUGCCGGCGAAGAAGCUGGCGGUGUCGGAAGGCACGGAGGACAAGCCAAGCAGCAAGGAACAACCCGAUGGCUUGGUGUAUACAGACUCUUCCACUUUUCUUAAGGGCACCCAGUCCUCCAACCCCCACAAUGACUACUGCCAGCACUUCGUAGACACUGGCCAGCGGCCACAGAACUUCAUUCGAGAUGUGGGGCUCGCAGACCGAUUUGAGGAGUACCCGAAGCUGCGGGAACUCAUCAAGUUGAAAGAUGACUUGAUUGCUCAGACAGCCACGCCGCCUAUGUACUUGAAGUGUGAUUUAAAGACAUUUGACUUAAAACAGAUGGGCAGCAAAUUUGACGUGGUACUAGUAGAACCUCCGCUGGGUGCUGGCUGGCGUUGGCCUGACGUACUGGCCUUGGACCUGCAGCAGAUAGCUCAGCCUCGGUCCUUCGUGUUCCUGUGGUGCGGGAGCUCGGAAGGACUGGACAUGGGUCGCGAAUGCCUCAAGAAAUGGGGUUUCCGGCGCUGCGAGGAUAUCUGCUGGAUCAAAACCAACAUCAACAAUCCCGGGCACUCCAAGAACCUGGAACACAAUGCUGUGUUCCAACGCACCAAGGAACACUGCCUCAUGGGCAUCAAGGGCACCGUCCGGAGGUCUUCAGAUGGAGACUUUAUCCAUGCUAAUGUGGAUAUUGAUCUGAUUAUAUCGGAGGACCCAGAGUUCGGGAGUACGGAGAAGCCUAUUGAGAUAUUUCACAUUAUGGAACAUUUUUGUUUGGGACGGAGAAGAAUCCACCUAUUCGGGCGCGACUCGACCAUCCGGCCGGGCUGGGUGACGCUGGGGCACGAGCUCACCAACUCCAACUUCAACGCGGAGCUGUACGCGGCCAACUUCGCGGACGGCCGCGACUCCACGGGCUGCACGGAGCGCAUCGAGGCGCUGCGCCCCAAGAGCCCGCCCAACACCAGCAAGGCGAGGCCGAGGGGCCGCGGCGGCUUCCGGGGCCGAGGCCGGGGCCGCGGCGCUCUGUAGGCUGGA